AUGUGGUACCAGGAUCCUGUGGAAUGUAUAUGGGAGCUUCUCAGAAACCCUAUGUUCCAGAAUGUUACCAAAUUUGCACCAGAGAAGCUUUUUGAGGAUAAGCUUGGUAAACGUGAAGUCGUAAACAAGAUGUGGACCGCAGACUGGUGGUGGAAAAUACAGGAAUUGCUCCCUUUGGGUGCAACGGUUGUCCCAGUCAUCAUAUCUUCUGACAAAACAUGGUUAUCUCAGUUCCAGGGAGACAAGAGUGCAUGGCCAGUGUAUCUUACCAUUGGCAAUAUCUCAAAAGACAUUUGGCAUCAAGCAAGUUCACGUGCUACAAUUCUCAUCAGGUAUCUGCCUGUAGGAAAGUUUGACUGCUUUACUGAAAAGGCACACCAGGCCAUGUGCUACUGCACCUUUCACCACUGCAUGUCUAUCCUAACAGGAUCACUCGUUAGUGCAGGCACAAACGGAGUAAACAUGACUUGCCCCAAUGGGUUCGUCCGAUGGGUUUGGCCAAUUCUUGCCGCUUAUGUGGCAGAUUACCCAGAGCAGUGCCUUGUUGCAUGCUGUAUGGAGAAUCGGUGUCCUAUUUGCAAAGUGAAUCCCAACCAUCAUGGAUCACAUGAGGCUGCUCUGCCACGAGAAACCAAGGAAACAGUUGUACUCCUUGCAAUGAAUGAGACGAAUUCCAAGGACGCGAAAUUCAAAGAAACUUACCAGGAAAUCGGUCUGCGUCCAAUCUACCUGCCGUUUUGGGCAUGUCUACCUCACUGCGACACCUUUCAGUCAUUCACACCAGAUCUGCUACAUCAACUGCACAAAGGUGUUUUCAAGGACCAUCUUGUGAAAUGGUGUACGAAUCUUCUCACCGAGAAGGAACUUGACACCCGCUUUAAAUCAAUGACCCCACAUCAGGGAAUUUGGCACUUCAAGAAUGGGAUUUCGAGCGUGUCACAGUGGAUGGGCACAGAACACAAGGCGAUGGAGAAAGUGUUUGUUGGCGUAGUUGCAGGUGCAAUCAACAACAAAUGUGUUUCGCAGGCGGCACGUGCAGUCGUCAACUUCAUCCUUCCAUACUUACAAAGACGUCUUCAUCAAGCUGGAGGCACGCCAGCCAGGUCACUUCAACAUUCCCAAAAUCCACUCCAUGGAACACUACCUCAUGCUGAUCAAAUGACAAGUUGGCUGCAUCGGCAGGAGGCUAUUGACCGCUUCACAUGGUAUCUCAAGUGGAUGAGGGAAGGUGGAUAUGAAGCAACGGAAAAGAUAAGGUCCACUGCUCUCUCUGCUUCCCUCCAUGACACAGCUACUGCUGUUGUCCCAGCUGCUUCCCACACACCCCAGCCCACAAUGUUGUCCACAAACUCCCAUGUCCCCUACCAGAUGGCCUCCACCAUACCUGCAGCUCUUUGUGGCAUUCCGGUGCAGAAGAUCAUUCACAACCACAACGCUACUCAGUUCAUUCCAGCUAUCCAGGCCUUUCUCAAUAAACACUCUUCCCCUAUCACAGCAAAUCCCUUUGACGGCUUCGAUCUCUACAAGCAUAUCACAGUUUGCCUUCCCAAUAUUCCUCAAGCCAAUGCAAACACCCAUGAUCACACACCGGCUGAGCCCCCUUGCCUUGACUUUGCCCUAAUCCGGACUGGAGAGCAAAACAACAAGACCAAUGCCACUGCUCUCAGAGGGCUUCGCGUUGCUCAUGUCCACGUUCUUUUUAAGCUUCCCGAAGUGUAUCAUCUGAACACCAUCCACCCACUUGCGUAUGUCGAGUGGUACACACCCUUUGGCACCCUUGAUGCCGAAAUGGACAUGUUCGUUGUCAAGCCGUCGAUGCAAAGUCACCAUGUCCACGGCGAACGUGCACCUUCUUCCAAAGUAUGGAAGAAAGGUGAACCCAGGUUGGACCUCACAGAAUGUUGCUGA